AUGUCUGGCUGGGGCAGCUGGCUCUCCGGCGCCGAGCCCACGGGCUCCAACUUCCGCGCCGUGUCCGACACGGUGCCGCAGGAUGCCCUCUACGGCGCCCUCACGCCCAAGGACACGAGCUGGACGUGCGCCGGCGGCUUCACCACCGAGACGCAGGUGUGGUACGCCGUGCUGAGCGACGGCGCCUUCGUCACCAGCCAGGUCAUCCACAGUGCCGUCGGCCUGUGGUACCCGCAGAUCCAGGUCACCUUCAAGUACUACAACCCGAGCACCGGCCAGAAGAUCUGGAAGUCGCUCUCCGUGUCCAAGUUCGAGACGCCGGCGCCGGCGGGCUCGGGCCGCGACAAGGCGGCGUCGUACGACGGGCGCUCGUGCAAGGGCGAGCAGUUCAGCGUGCUGCACAGCACGCUGCCCGACGGCUCGGAGAGCUACGAGAUCACCGCGCACAUGGACGCCGAGGUGCAGCUCGGCUACACGUACACGCGGCCCGCCUCGUGCGCCGGCUGGAAGGUGGGCGCCGGCGCCGAGGGCGGCAAGAGCUUCUUCGGCGCCAACCAGGCGUCGCCCGACGGCUUCGUCGUGCACCGCUUCUGGCCGCGCGCGCACACCAGCGGCCACAUUCUGCUCAAGGGCCAGGCGCUCGACGCGCGCGGCACGGGCAUGUUCGUGCACGCCAUCCAGGGCAUGCGUCCCAACCUCGUCGCCUCGCGCUGGAACUUUGCCAACUUCCAGAGCGACGCCCUCGGCGGCGUCUCGGCCAUCAGCAUGGAGUUCACCACCACGAGCGACUACGGCGGUGAGCCGGGCAGCGCCGCGUCGAGCAAGGCUGCCGCCUCGGGCGCCGAGGCGAGCAAGCGCCGCGAGACGCGCACCGUCACCAUCGGCAGCGUCGUCGUCGGCGAGCGCCUUGUGGCCGUGACGGCGGGAACGCGCGGCGCCGCCGGCUCGGCGCCCAAGCACAGCAACACGGCGGUGGAGCACCUCGAGUGCGUGCAGGACCCGGACACGGGCUACAGCGUGCCGCAGGCGAUCCGCUACGUCUGGGACGGCGCGCUGCUGGCUGCGCCGCCGUCGGAGAAGGGCGACACGGCGCAGCGCGUGCAGGCCGAGCUGCGCGUCGAGCUCGGCCCGCCGCAUCCCGUGGCGCAGAGCAAGGGCCUCGUCGACAAGGUCGACGUGCUCGGCGAGAUGCCCGCCGUCGUCAAGAAGGUCGUGUCGUACAUGGCCGGCACGAAGCCCUUCAUCUACCAGACGCUGCUGCCCGCCAAGCUCAAGCUCACGCUGCCCGCCGACGUCGCCGGUGCGUCCGCCGGCUCGCACGAGGUUGACGGCACGUACUUCGGCGAGGCGACGUUCAUCAGCGAGUAG